ACUCACCAACAGUCCGCGAGUAGUAACACUGUCCUUGGUACAAAACCGUAUCCAAAAAUAAUCCGUAAUGCCUUUAAAAACAUCAAAGGUCUUCGGAUGUGCCAGAGUCUACCGAUCGUGACUAGUAUCUACCACUGGAAUCAAACGGUGGCUACUAAUAUUAAUAAACCUUGGGGUUUCGACCAAGUGGGAGAUUGGAUACGACACAGGUCAGACGUUGUUUGGUCGAAUCAUUUUUCGAUUAUCGCCCGGAUAGGUAGUGUGCUACUUGAUGGUAACAACAUUGAGUGCGUGACCAACGAAGUUUUGACUGUUCUUCCACUACUUAAUUUAAUUUCUAUGGGUGAUAACCCAUGGAACUGUACGUGCUUCAGAACGGUGAAAAAAUGGUCAAAAAGUCACAGAGAUAUUAUCAGGUUUGGGGAAGCCGAUGAAAGAUGUGAACCAGCGACUAAUCAAUCCGGAAAAAGAGCAAAGAAGAAACACCAGACUACAUUCUUUUAAGUGAAGGAAAGUGAUUACAAGAAACUGUAUUUUUGAACUAUAUCAUUGGUACCAUUGGCUACAGUGAUAAUAGGGAAAAAUGAUGGUAUUAAAAUUGGAACUUUCGUUAACUGAAUGUAUCAUGAAUCUUUACGCUAAAUAUAUGAAUAAAUAAAGUAAUUGAAAUCUGUAAGAGGCUGAAAACUACCCCUAUGAAUAUUCACCAAUAACUUUCCACCUCGUUUUCCAAUGUAGCAGAUGAAAAAUUAAGGUAAGUUUUGCUACCACGAUCGAGUAAUAUGUGAAAUCGUGAAUUCUGUUUACGCAAUCUUAAUUUUCUUUAUGGCCAAAAAUAUCUUCGGAAAUUGUACGCCAAAAAAAUUUAAUAACAAGAAAAAACUAUAUAAAACAAUGUCCCUGACAUUAAUAAUUAAAAUAAAAGAAAAUAGAACCUCCAACGGCCCUGUACUUUUAUUCAAUUUGUUUUGUUACUGGUUUGAUGUUCGGGUAGACAAUUUGGAUUCAAAUUACUAUUUCACUGAACAUUAUUAACGUCACAGUUUGAUGUAACAAACAAUUUAACGACGAAAUGAAUGAAGCGUGACAACAAUCGUACACUUACACGCACGAUACAUGUGGCUGCAUAAUCUAAAACCAUUUGCAAGUGUAAUAACACAUUACAAAAUACAUAGCAGGUCAAGAGACAAUCCCACAGUACCAACGGUGCCUUUGGCCAACCGGAAAUACAACGACGUCAAACAAAAGUGAAGUUAGUUUAAACUGUAACACUUUCCAAUAAGUGGACUGAAACGUUCUUAAACUUAACGAAUGAUACGCCAAAACAAAACAGAAUACAGUUGGUUAUAUCCCAAAUAGAUGUCAUGUGACAGAUCAUCAACAACCACAUAAAAGUAAUUAUUCUAUCCAUCGGGAAUAGUAUUUUUUUCCUGGAUAAAAACUAACCACCAGGUCCUUUUCUGUACCCUGACAAUAUGUGUGUCCAUAAUUCCAUUAUAGAUACUACCCGCGUAUAAUAAUAUGCCAAACUUGAGGACUAUUGAAACGGAAUUCAACAAGAUUUCCAUGUGGAGCCCCAGCUGGUUCACCAACUCCCCUAACAUUGUAACUGUGUCUUUUGCUCACAACAAGAUUGCGUCCCUACCGGGAAACGCCUUCGCAAACCUUAAGGGCACCCAUGAGUUAGACGGUUACUCGGUGGGUACCGCAAUCAAUCUUUCCAUGAGUGACUCCUUGGUGAUCCGAGGAAUGGGACAGAUUGGUUAUUUGGAUCUCCACAAAAAUUCUAUCAAAAUGCUUCCCACAAACGCUUUCUCGUCUUUACCAAGAGUUGGAACGCUUAUUCUCGACGAAAAUAAUUAGGAUUGUUUGAGUGAAGAUUUCCUCAACAGUUUACCACCUGUUAACUACAUUUCGGCCAACGGAAAUUCCUGGAACUGCAGUUGUUUAGAUGCGGUCAAAUACUGGUCAAAAAUGCACGCACGAGUUAUCAGU